GUCGAAAUAAACAUUCGGAGACAAGAAGAGCACGAUUGCUAUUGCAGGUGCAAUUAAGUACAUAUACUAGGCUUUCACUGAACAAACCAUUUCGAGCAUGGGUUCCGAUUCAACAUGCCCAACAGUCGAGUUCCAGAAAUUCCUGGACAACCAGCAAUACACCACAAGAGGGAUCAGGAAAUAUGAACGCGUCUUCGGCGAGACGUUCGUCUCACCGGGAGGCUCAGAGGCCAGCAAGGAACUCGCAUCGUAUCUUGACCUGGCUCCGGGCAAGAAGUGUCUUGAUGUCGGGUGUGGCCUUGGAGGGAAUGCGUUCUACUUAGCCAAGCAUCAUGGCGUUGAAGUACAAGGUUUGGAUCUUUCCAACAAUAUGGUGAAUCUCGCGAGAGAAUACGCAAAUGGGCGGUACAAGGACGCAAGGGUAUCAUUCGCCGUUGAAGAUGUGACAACAAGCGAGUUCCCUGAUGAGGGUUUCGACGUUAUCUACAGUCAAUGUGUGUUGUUACAUAUUCAGGACAAGUUGAGUUUAUUAAAGAAAUUUCGGACUUGGCUGAAACCCGGGGGUAGACUCUUUAUCACUGAUUACACAUGCAGCUCGGGGAACCACUCCAAGGCCUUCGCGGACUACAUCGCCCAACGCGGAUAUCACAUCUUAACAGUGGAACAAUACGCAAAGGUGUUGGAAUGUGCAGGUUUCAAGACUGUCGUCGCCAAAGACCACACCGACGUCUUCACUCGGAACUUACAGACUGAGUUGGCGCGAAUAGAGAGCACCAAGGAGGAUUUUAUAAAGGAAUUCAGCCCGGAGGAAUACGACCACAUAUUGCAAGGUUGGCAGGACAAGAUACGGAGGACCCAAGAGGGGGAGCAUCGGUACGGAUUGUUCGUUUACGAGAAGUAACAGAUCACGAGACGUAAGAGUGGAUGAGACAAUCAGAUGCAGGUGUAACGUAUUUGAUGGUCUCUCAGGUCUCAGUCAGUGCUCCCCGACAAUAAAUUAGCGGAACGAGCUAUGACCUGACAAUAGGACACAGUUUUCUCCUUUAUAACGUUCCUGAAACGGUGAUGGGAAAUGAGAAUGGGAGAAAUCACAAUCAGUGUGACUAUUGCGCCGAACUGGGGCUAUACAAGUGAUUGACACCUCUCAAUCAUGGUCGCCUUAUUACGAUGUUGGAGCACACUGUUACAACACGGGAUAGACAGAAGGGACAUACAGAAAAUUCAGGUGCGGUUUUAGACCUGCUUUUAAAAUUCGAUCAAAAUAAUCGAGUGUAUAUAUAUAUAUCUUUCAAUAAAUUAUUGUCGUGCUA